CACCACAUCUCCAGUCGCCAGAUCAUCCCCUUAGCCGCCCCACCACCAGACUCACUGGCGACGAACUUCCUGAAGGUGUCCCGCUGCCCACAUCUCCUUCAGGUGAGUCGAGGAGGCCAGGUCGCUGCAUUCGCCGGCAAGCUAAGUAAACUGCGCUAAGUAAGCAAGUUAGACCUUUGAAACUUAAGGCAGUAAUAAAUCCAGAAUGGUUGGCUCCAGAAAGGUCGUCGUGUCGGCCCUGCUGGUGCUGAACGUGGCGCUGGUGCUGGUGGUGCUGCCGCCGUCCGCCUCCGCCGCCUCCAACAGGAAGGUGACCGUUUGCAUCAAGAACUGCGGCCAGUGCAAGAAGAUGUACACCGACUACUUCAACGGCGGCCUCUGCGGGGACUUCUGCGUGCGCACCAAGGGCCGCUUCAUCCCGGACUGCAACAAGCCGGACGUCCUCAUCGAUAUGUUCCUCCAGCGGCUUGAGUGAGCGAGACGAGGCGUUGGUGUUGUGGCCUCGGUGGUGUCGUGGUUCCUCCCGCUGAACAGAGCUCCCCCGCCGCCCCACAACCCAGGUCACGGUCAUACUGAUGGUUCCUGAACGUGCUGGUCUGCGGUGACAGCGACGGCGGGAGCGAGGGAGUGCUGACGGUGAGUGCUGACGGUGUUGACGCCCUCUGGCUGACCUUCUCCCGGCCGCUUGUAUGGACAGGUCGGGUAGGCGAGAGCUGCUGCUUCAUGUGCCGGUAUCCUGAUGCUGAGACUCUAGCGCUUGACAACGAAGGCGGAGAGAUGCUGUAUAGAGCUUCCUUUCCUUUCUUCAUUCACUUCCUUCCCUGCCUUUCCUCUUAGCCCUCCAAGUAUGUGUCUCCCUUGAUGCUAAUUGGACUGGGACACCGUUCUUUCCUUUCAAGUAUGUGUCUCCCUUGAUGCUAAUUGGACUGGGACACCGUUCUUCCCUUUCAAGUAUGUGUCUCCCUUGAUGCUAAUUGGACUGGGACACCGUUCUUCCCUUUCAAGUAUGUGUCUCCCUUGAUGAUAAUUGGACUGGGACACCGUUCUUCCCUUUCAAGUAUGUGUCUCCCUUGAUGAUAAUUGGACUGGGACACCGUUCUUCCCUUUCAAGUGUGUGUUCCCUUUCCUCAGAUGUGUGUACGUGCUUAAGAUAUAUUUUUGUACGAGACUUUACAUUUGUGCUGAAUAAAACCGUGUAA